AUGGAGUUGGAUCCUUUGGAUGCCUACAUGGCUUCUCUCGAACUCCCAUGUGGUAGCCAACUACUGCAUAUCACACAAGCAAGAAGUGAUUAUAGUGCAAAACGAUCUCUUACCCCCAAAAGUAUCAAUGUAGUCGUGAAGAAUCGCCGCUAUCGUCGACUACAGCAGCUCGUAAAAGACACUUCAGACGACGAUUCUUUUUUUUCAGAUCGCAUGAUGCAAAUGCGAAGUCCAGCGCUAUUUCACUUCCAUUUAGGACAAUAUCUCGGCCUAAAGAGAGAGUCUACCUUGUUUAGCAAUAAUGAAGGACAGAAAUUAUCAUCUUUUCUAUUAGAAACUUGUCAGCGCCACGAGAUGGAGAUUCGGCGGUUGAAAGAGCAAAAGACGUGGACAACAUUUGUUGCUGUAGACAAAAAGUAUGAGAAACGACGACUGGAGAAGUUAUAUGAAGAGCGACGACAGCAACUGAUUGAGAUUAUGAAACACAGAUUUCUCUCCGGGAUGGACAGUGAAUAUGUGAAUUAUGCAGAGAUCGACGCGAAUGAGGAACUGGACGACCUCGAUGAGAUGCAACGCGACGCUGAAGAUCGCUACUUCGCCGAAUAG